AUGACGACUACGCUUUCACCAUCUUCCGGCUACGCCCUGAACUCAGGGUCCAAGAUUCCCGUAAUUGGGCUCGGCGUGUUCAAGGCAUCGGAGGCUGAAGCAAGCUUGGCUGUCCAGGAAGUAUUCAAGUCAGGUUAUCGCCACGUGGACACUGCGGUGUAUUACGAGAACCAAUCCGCGGUAGCAAAAGCUGUGUUGAAGGCUGGAGUUCCUCGUGACCAAUUGUUCUUUACAACCAAGGUCCACCCAACAGCUACCUCGUACGAAGGCGCAAAGGAGCAGGUAGCCAAAACUUUGCAAGAGAUAGGAGGCUUGAAGUAUGUUGAUCUCAUGCUCAUACAUGCGCCGUAUGGAGGAGCCGAAAAACGUCUUGGGGCCUGGAAAGCUUUGACAGAAGCAGUGCAAGAGGGGAAGAUACGUAGCAUUGGGGUGUCAAAUUAUGGAGUCGAUCACCUGACCGACCUCGAGCAAUACAUCAAAGACACAGAUGCCAAGCUUGGUAAGGGAAAAGGAGGUGUGCUUAGUGUCAACCAGAUCGAACUUCACCCCUGGCUCCAGCGAAGAGACAUCAUAGAUUGGUGCAAGAAGCGCGGCGUGCUUGUUCAGGCGUGGGCUCCGCUGGCUCAGUCGUCACGAUGGGGCGAUCCUCUUCUCAAGAACAUUGCCAAGCGAACCGGAAAGUCUGAAGCACAAAUCCUUCUGCGGUGGAGCUUGCAAAAGGAUUUCAACCCUUUGCCAAAAUCUGUCACGCCUGCGCGCAUCCAGCAAAAUCUUGACGUCUUUGAUUUCGAGUUGACCGACAAAGAAAUGGCCGAGCUCGAAACGGACGAGUACGAUGUUCAUGGUUGGGAGUAA